GGCAGGUAAAAUUCGUCGCUUUGCUGAAUAUAAUUUAUUUUUCUUUAAUGGUUUUCACUACGAUAAUGAUAGAAUAUUAUCCAUAAUUAAAGUCGUGAAAAUGCUUUAUUUGUUAAAACAACGAAAGGUCGUCAAUAAUGAAUUGUAAAAGAUAAUUAAACAUCUGUAAUGGUGUCGCUUACGUUUUCGUUACCGAGAAAUGGAGAGACAGCAGUGUAAUUCACUUCAAAACUUUGAUGACCCGAAAACAGAAAUUUUGAAAAAAAGAUUAUUAAAGGCAACCAGCACUUCCGCGAGUAGUAAUCUAUCUCAGGGCAACUCGCAGCAUAAUGUGCUAUUGAAUACAUUGCGCGCGCCAAUAUCGAGCAGUAUGAUCGUGUCCUCAGUGCAGGCGCCGCAGAGCUCUAUGCCUAUUACUCACAAUUUAGUUACUCAUUCUAUUGCUCCUGUAAAAAUUCAUGCAAACAAUUCACCAUAUCCACUACAGUUAUCCACUGUUCAUGUUCCGGUUCAAAUACCCGGUUCCACAUCUAAUAUUAAUGUCCCAGUUCAGUUGUCAGGCGCAUCAAGUGGAAUGCCAUUACAGAUAGCUCCAGUAAGUCUUCCUUUGCAAGUAUCAGGUACCACUAGUGUCCCUGUACAGUUGCCUGCUGGGGACACUAUUAAUGUUCCCUUGCAAAUUCCAUCUGCUAACCAAAAUAUUCAACUUCCAACUCUACCGUCUAUGCCUCUUUUGCAAACACCCACGCAGCCACUCCACAAUUCAAUAAUUCAUUUACACAUGGGCUCAAAUCCCCGAGCACCUAAUAUAGAUGGUAGUGUAGAUAUGAAUAUGUCAAGUUCCACACAACUUCAGCUCACAGACUCUGUUAAGAUGAGCAAUGCCACAUCAAUGUCUCAAGUACAAGUUGGAUCAAAUCCAACUGUGAUGCAAAUACCAAAUACAUCAAAUAAUCCUAUUCAACUGGCUCUGCCGAAUGCUGGAAAUGCUGGAGGAGUACAAUUACGAGGCGCACCCAGAACUAUGCCCCAUGUGGUGUACAUACAGACUCCUACAGGGCUGAAGCCGGUGUCUAGUACAGAAGUUAUUAGUCAGGCCAGUACCAGUGGCAAUCCACCUCAGAUUAUUGUUAGAAGACCUAUAACGAGCAAUUCAAACAUUCAUUUAAUAUCGAAUGUUGCGCAGAAACCGAACAUAGCUCCCAAACUACCUGGACACAAUAAGUCAUCAAUACUCGCACCAGCUAAUUCGACACAACCUAUUGUUAUUCAAAAGCCAAAAUCUAACGACAAGAUGAUGGUCCCUGUCAGUAUAGCUCCUAGCGCUCCGGGCAAACAAGCUAUUGCAUAUUUAAGCUCUGUAAAAAAACCGAACACGAAAAAUCUUACAGACAAUCAAUCGAUUCUCAUAUCCAGCAAUCAAACUAAUGUGAAUUCUAAUAAUCAAAAAUUAUAUUUAACUCCGAUGAUGCCAAAAAUACAGAAUACCAAGUUCAUUGUACCCGUUACUUUACCAGCUACAAUGGCGUCAAAGGGACCUAUAAUUAAUCUUCAAAUAGCUAAUGGGCAGAUUCAAAACGAUCCACAAGGAAAUAUAACGGUUAUGAGAGACACAACGCCUAUGGAAGCUUCCGAAAUGCCACCUUUGGCCAAGAUUGUUGUCAUGAAUGGAAAAGAUAAUUGUAUGUCAAAUAAUUCUAAAGGUGAAAAGGCUUAUGCCGUAUCGAUAACCGGUUCUAGGGCCGAGCCUACUGGCGAGCAAGGCGAGUAUACGCUGUCGAUACCCGAAACAAAUGCAUCAAUGAAUGACGAUAUAUAUACUGUGUCAAUAGCGGAUGACGAAGGUGGUCUAACACGGGAGAAAUCUUUCACUCUGGCUAUACCGGAAAAGGGAAAAAGUUUACUUAAUAGAAACAUAAUUGACAGAAACGAUUUAGGUCCCGUUACAAUUGCUGCUCCUGCAAUAUUGCGUCGCUCAAAUUCUGAUAAUAGUGAGAGGAAAACUGCUAAUGCCAAUAUAAAGCGCCGUAUUUCGUUAUGUACGGAAAACCUGUCGAACAAAAACUUGAAACUCACAUUACCUCAACCGAAAAUUAUGAACAAAUCGAAGGAUCCCGUUGAUGGAGACGUUAACGACGACCACCGUGUGCCGUCCUUGUUCUGUGAUGAGAAACUCGAUAAGGACUUAGAAGCGAAAGUGAAUUUGGGAGAUUCUGAUCUCGAAGAUUAUAAAGAUAAAAUAGAGAUAAAGCCUCUCGAUUUAAUUUACCUUCCAAAAGGAGAGAAUUUCACAACGAAAGACGAAGUAAAUGGGAAAGAUGUUCUUAAUACAAAACUUGAAGAAAACCCUCCAGGACUUAUUUGGAAUAAUGGAAUUGCACAACUCAGAGGAAGCAAUCUGCAUUUCCAGACUAAUGAAUUUGGUCUCAUCGAUCUAAUAGAAAACUCGAAUCAAAAUGUCUUAGCAAAUGCGGGAGCUAAGUACCACACACCUCUUAAGCAGCGUAUUGAGAGAAGCAGGGAUAAAAAGCCCACUUCUCCUGAAGACUUGUACCGCUGUGACGGCUGCGGGUGCCACGGCAUGGCGGCAGAGUUCAUCACACCGAACAUUUGCAGUCUGACCUGUCAGAGCGAAGUCCAAAAGGUGACACAAAAGAAGAAAGAUAAAGAAAGGGCAGAACUAGCGAAGAAACGAAACAAAAUGAAAAAACUGCUGAUGCGGAAGCAAAUCUCCGACUCCGAUUUACUUCAAGAUAAGGACGAUAAAAUUUCGUCGAAGCAUUACGAUUCGAUGUCCAACGAUAACCAAAUCUCGGAAGCGGUACUGAUGAAAAUGAGUGAAGAUAUGAUAGAAAACGAAAAGUACCCGUGGAUGUGCGGAAAAAAUGGAUUUUCAUGGAUGCGCUACCUCGACGUGUGCAAAGCGAAAGCUGCGCCCGUGAAACUGUUUAAAGAUCCAUUCCCUUAUUCUAAGAAUAAUUUUAAAGUUGGGAUGAGAAUGGAAGCGAUCGAUCCUCAACACCCGUCCCUGUUCUGCGUGGUGUCGGUGGCGGAGGUGCAGGGCUACAGGAUGCGGCUGCAUUUCGACGAAUACCCGGACAUGUACGACUUCUGGGUGAACGCCGACUCCAUAGACAUCUUCCCGCCGGGCUGGUGCGAGAAGAACGGAAGGCCACUGAAGCCGCCGGCUGGAUACGAACCGUCCUCGUUUUCGUGGCCACUGUACCUGAAGCAAAUACGCGCAGUCGCAGCGCCUAGACAGCUGUUCCAGCAUAUUACUACUGCAAUGAUAAAACCGAACGGGUUCCGCGUGGGCAUGAAGCUGGAGGCCGAGGACCGGCAGAACGAGCUGGUGUGCGUGGCGAGCGUGGCCGACAUGCUGGACCAGCGCCUGCUCGUGACGUUCGACAGCUGGGACGACGUGUACGACUACUGGGUGGAGCCGUCCUCCCCCUACGUGCACCCCGUAGGCUGGGCCGAGGACCACGGCCUGCCCCUCACGCCGCCCAACUAUUACAAAGACCCAGAUACGUUCUCGUGGGAGAACUACCUGGCAGAGACGAUGUCGAGUGCGGCGCCGCCGCGUGCGUUCAAGACGCGUCCGCCGAUCGGCUUCAAGCCCGGGAUGAAAUUGGAAGUCGUGGAUCGUAGGGUACCGUUCCUAAUAAGAGUGGCGACGAUAAGCGCGGUGAAGGGCCACCAGGUGCGCGUGUCGUUCGAUGGGUGGCCGGAGGAGCUGUCGUGUUGGAUGGACGACGACUCGCCCGACAUACACCCCGUCGGCUGGUGCCUCAAGACCGGACAUCCGCUCGAACCGCCACUCACGGCGGAGGAGCUGCGCAUCCUGGGCCCGUGCGGCGUGGGCGGCUGUCGCGGGCUGGGCUCGGCGCGCGGCGGGGCGCACAAGCAGCACGGCGCCGCCUCCGCCUGCCCCUACCGCCCCGCCGAGCCGCCCGCGCUGCCCGACCGCCUGGCGCCCGGGCCCGCCGCGCACGCGCUGCUGCCGCUCAGGGCACAGAGUAAGCCGAAAUCGAUUUCUACUAGCACACCCAACAGUGAUGCGCCCAAAGAUAAGCCGCAGCGAGGACGACCCCCGAAACACAAAAGAGUCGAAGAAGUCGCUAAAAACGAACCAGUAUCGGAUGACGAAUCAUUAUCGAGCAGCGGCGGGAAGCGCUGGCGCGGCAGCGGCAGCGAGGACAACCGCGCGCUGCGGUCGCUCUCCCGCCGCGACACGUCGGCGCAGCGCUCGCCCGCGCCGCGCCCGUUCGCGCCCGCGCACUCCGCGCCGCACGCGCCGCGCGCGCUCGUCGCCCGGCACGUGGCCGACCUGGCGCUGUCGCCGGACCCCGGCGCGUGGACGCAGAAGGAGGUGGCAGCCCUGCUGUCGCGGAUAGCGGGCGCGGCGGUGGGCGCGGCGGCGGCGGCGGCGCGGCUGUCGGGCGCCGAGCUGGUCAUGGCGUCGUGCGAGGAGCUCGUGCAGUGCCUGCGCCUGCGCCUCGGGCCCGCCGUCAAGGUGUACGCGACCGUGCGCCACCUGCGCGACUCGCUCUCGUGAUCGCUGGCCCUCGCGCACGCGCUCACCGUGCUUGUCUAGUCGCCGACAUGUCUUGUGACAUAUCAUAUUGUGCUGUGCCUUUACAUGCACUCUUCCGAUCAGUCAUUAUGAAUUAUUUUGACGUUGUUAUUUGACGUAUUCGAUUUUUGUUCGUGAUCGUGAUUCGAGUGGUACUAUACAGUGCUUAUGAGUAUAAUUAGUGUAAUCUAUAUAGAUAUAUAUAUAUAUUGUGUACAAAGUUAUGGACUCUCGUACUCAUUGUGGAUUUUGUAAAUCAUGGACUUUUACUAAAUGUGUAAUUGUAAAUUAUAAGUUUCACUUACGUUGCACUGAAGUGUAUAUAAUGUGUGCAGUAUGUGGUAAAACUGCGGCUUACGAGGCCCAUCGUCAUUAAUGUUUUCUAUUGAUAUAAGUUCUCGUUAUUUGUACAGAUUAUAUAAAAACUUUUGAUAUUUUUAAAGUGUCACUUAUUUUUGACUGUCACAAUAAGUAUAGAAUCGAAGGUUAUUUUUAUGAAAUUGUGUUAGGAUAUAAAUGUAAUACACAGUUGCAAUAAUGAAAUAAUAUUUUUCAUGUUUUAUUGUAAUCCUUGUUUGAAAUAAAAUAAAAUGAAAAUUUGGUAAAAAAAAAAAUCUUCGCUGAAAAGUGGUAUAGAAAACAUAUUUUUGUAUCAAUUGCUAUUUAGAAAAUGAUAUUUUAUUAAAUUGAAACCAUUUUGUUUUUUAAUAAAAAUAUAGGGGUCAAUUUCUUUGACAAUAUUAUUGUAUUAGGCUGUAUAAUAUUAGCUCUUCCUUCGCUUAAGUGAGCCUUCUAGCACAAAAUUCAAAAAGAAUUCAAGGUUUGAGGUUGUGAUUGUAUUCAAUAUGUGCGGCAGUCGGGGAACUCUGUCAUACACUACAGCAUAUUGUAACAGCAAUUGAAGUGUCCUUCUAUUAAUGUUUUGUAAUUGUUGUAAGGAAAUAUAUAUUGAUAGCGUUCUGUGAUUGCCACGCUGAUAUCCUCUUGAAAAACAUUAUGCCUUUAGUAGAUUUUUUUUAAAUAUUUUCUUAGAUAUUCCUGAAUGCUCCACAUUGAAAAUAAUAUUUUUGACCUAUUUAAAUCACAUUUGAUAUCCUGUUUCCAAAGGUGAAAACAAUACUUGUGAAAUCACCGAAAAUCAUUUAAAAAAUUUUUAACAGAGCUUUUCUUUUUUUUGAAUGGAGUACAUUAAAUCAAACCAAAGAAGGUUAUAAAUAUUUACCAUUACUCCUAAAGCUGUAUAUAUUAAAACCGAAAUUUAUAUUUUGGAUGAGUCAACUUUUAUGUUUAUAAAUAUAAUUAUGUACAUAUAUAUUAUUGAAACAUAGUGCAAUUUAGUAUUAUUUUAGCCUUUCAUAAAUUGUGAAUAAGAUAUCGUAAAAUGUUCUAUGUUUUGCUCUCGUGGAAUUAAACUUCCAAAAGUACAUGACCCUUUAUGUUUUACUUUUUUUUAAUUAGAGUGGAUUCAUGUGAGUGUCCGAGUUAUUUUCUAUACUGAAAUUCAUUAAUACAUUUUAAUAGCUGUGCUGUAUAUUUUUUUUUGACUAAAAUAAAGUAUAUGUAUUUAUAAUUUAUGCAAAGCCCCUGCAUAGGUUAAGGUGGACUUUUUAUCAUUUGUAAAUAGCAAUACACUGAGAACUAUUGUGGGCUCUGUUUUUUUGGAGAGGAACAUGUUCUUGUUUAGAUUCGGAUAGAACAAGUAAAAGUUGUCAUGAAAACAUAACUUUUUGAAGAAAUAGUUUCAAGUGUAAAGGAGUAAUUUCCAUUUUAUUGUUUUUGUAUAUUAUUUUAUGUUGAUACACUAUUGAAAGAGUCUUUAAAUGAACAAUAAAUGCACUUUACACAAUAUACUUUAUUGAUUGUCAGUACAAACAGAAAUCACACUUCCAUUUGUUGUUACACAAUUAUAUAUAUUUUUAAUAACAGAUUCAACAUUCAAAUUUAAUUUACAAAGCACUGGUGAGAACAGACUAGCUACCUUGCAAAUUGUUCAUAAUUAUAUAAUUUAAAAAAAGCUAUACACUUAUCCAUUUCAUAAUAUGUUAUAAAUUCUGUUAGAAUUGUAAAUAAAUAUGUUUUGUAUAUCAUCAACCAGUUACAAUAUUUUUGCAGUGGCCAUGUACAAAGUUACGAUUAGUGUUAAUGUAAGUUUUUACACAUGUCUAGUGCUAAAAUGUGCCAUUAUCUUGGCAAAAACUAUUCUAAACUGUUGUUCGGAAAUUAAUAAAUUUUUUUGAAA